AUGGACGAGCAGGUGGAAGGUGUGCGUCGUAUCAAUGCGUGCCGCAACAAUUACUAUGCCGUUUUGAAUGUGCCACAAGCAGCCACGGACGGGCAGAUAAAUCGGGCCUUCAGACAAUUGUCCCGCGUGGUGCAUCCCGACAAAAACAAACGCCCCGGCGCCACUGAUGCCUUCCAGGCGAUAGCCAGAGCCAAAUGUGUCUUACUGGACCCCACCAAACGCCAUCACUUUGAUCAACAACUACGACAAGCCAUUGCCGCAAACAUAAGAGGCCAGGGCAGAGCUAAUGCCCAACGCAGUUCAAUCAAAAUCAAUAUCAAAAUCAAUCAACGAUCGAAGUUUGCAGUUGGCUACCAAUUCUGCUACGAAAACGCUGUUGCCAUUAUCGUGCUGAUAAUCGUGCUGAUUGUAAGCAUCUUUAUAUUCAAAAUGCCCACGUAUAGCCUGGAGAGUACCAGCAAGUUCUCGGUCAAGUGUUUGACCACCAACAAAAAGACUCCCUACUUUGUAGGACGUCAUCUUCCGUGCUUCUCGCGAUAUUCCGCCAUAGGCAAGAAGUGGGAGCACGAUAUUGAGAAGAAGUUUCUUUCCCUGCCAACGGAUAAAUGCAACUUGGAAGCAAAACUUAUCCGUAAGCAAUUCGGGGUUUCCUUCCUCAACUCGCCAUCGAAGGCCCCAUAA